AUGGCUCUGAAUCGUGAAACAACCCAAACGAUUCGGGUUCCUCGGCGAGGUGGAAAGAUUGCCUUGGAAGAGGCAGUCGGCAGCCCCCUCUUUGCUGCAUACCAACUCUAUCCGCCUCGUCCAGCAAUCAAAGGGCUAGAUGGCCUGCCAUUCAGCCCCCAAUUCCUUGCGGAUGUUGAGGGUAGAUUAGACGAUGUCGGUCUCCGUCUCAAGUCAAUGGAUCAAUGUGGCAUCCAGUAUGCUAUUCUUAGCCUGACUUCGCCCGGUAUUGAGGGAGUUAGUGAUGCUGCGACAGCUAUUCAUUUCGCCAAAGAGACAAAUGAUGACAUAUAUCAUAAAUAUGUUGAGCCUCACCCUUCCCGCUUUGGUUUCUUCGCAUGUGUGGCAAUGCAUGACCCAAAGGAAGCUGCCAAGGAGCUUGAGAGAGCCGUAACACAGCUCGGCGCAAAAGGGGUCUUGGUCAAUGGUUUUACAAAUCUUGAUGACCGUGAUGAACAGCUGCGGUACCUCGAUGCACCAGAAUGUGAGCUAUUCUGGGCCAUGCUACAUCACCUCAAGGUGCCUUUAUAUCUGCACCCCCGUCUGCCUCCGACCCAUCAGCAGGUGUUAUAUAGCCAGUAUCCGAACCUGGCCUCGGCAUCAUACGGCUUUGGAGUGGAGUGCGCUGGUCAUGCUCUCAGAAUCAUGUGCUCGGGGAUACUUGACAAAUAUCCAGUGAACAUUAUCUUAGGUCACUGUGCCGAGGCUCUCCCGUUUCUUAUUCACCGGGCGGGUCAACGAAUAAACAUCGGAACACCGGGAAGCAAUGGCAAGCACACCAAGCCCCUAAUGCAUUAUUUCAGGACCCAUUUCAUUGCGACACUGGCCGGAGUUCGCCGCCAUAGCACGUUGAGAAAUACGAUUGAGGAACUGGGCGAGUCACGAGUAAUGUUUAGUGUGGAUUAUCCUUACGAGAGCAAUGAGGACGCUGUAGACUGGUUCGAUGCCCUUGAAAUCAACGAGAAUUCCAGGGCCGCUAUUUCUCACCAAAACGCGGUGCGCCUCUUCGGAUUAGAUAGCAAGUGUACGGAGCUACGUACAUCAAAAAUUUUGGGCCACCUAUGA